CCAAGCAUGAGCUGGCAGCCGCACUGCUACGGCGGCUCUGACAGCGGGGCGGCCAAAGUCGCGCCCUCGCCGGCCACCGCGCAGCAGGCGGGGCACAGCAUGGAUUACAGCCACGAUCUGCACCUGAAGAUGAGCAAGAAAAUCGCCCAGCUUACUAAGAAAACUGGCAUUGAAGUAAUAUAUGCUUUGAACACUAAAAAUGAUGAGCAUGAUUCUGUAAUUCAAGCCCUCAGAGAUGCUCAUGAAGAAGAAAUCCAACACAUUCUUGCAGAAACAAGAGAAAAAAUACUGCAAUAUAAAAGCAAAGUAACAGAGGAAUUAGAUCUUAAGAGAAAGAUUCAAGUUUUAGAAGCUUCAUUAGAAGAUCACAUAAAAAUGAAGCAGCAGGCCUUGACAGAAUUUGAAGCUUAUAAGCAUAGAGUUGAGGACAUGCAACUUUGCGCAGAAGCCCAGCAUGUUCAGUGCAUAGUGACCAUGUCUAGAGAGGUUGAAGAGAUCAGAAGGAAAUUUGAGGAAAGAUUAUGGAGUUUUGGACAGCUCCAAGUACAGUUUGAAAAAGACAAGCGUGUGGCAUUGGAAGAUUUGUGAACUGCUCACAGACAGGAAAUCCAAGAGCUGCUGAGGUCACAGCAAGAUCACAGUGCCUUCAUCAAAAAAGGGCAGGAGAAGGUAGAGGAGCUGCACAGAAUGGAGGUGGAGACCUUAAACAGAACACUGGAAGAGCUAAGACUUGAACAGAAAAAGUUAAUUGUGGAUUAUGAAGGCAAGUUGAAUAAAGCUCAGUCCUUUUAUGAACAUGAGCUUGAUACUUUGAAAAGGUCACAGCUUUUUACAGAAGAAAGUCUGCAGGUCACCAGAGAAAAGGAAGCUGAUCUUAGAAAAGAAUUUCAGGGACAAGAAGCAAUUUUACGAAAAACCAUAGGAAAAUUAAAGACAGAGUUACAGAUGGGACAGGAUGAAGCUGGAAGUCUUCGUGACAGAUGCCAAAAGCUUCAGAUCGCACUUGUUACGGCAGAGAGCUGCAUUCAGGUUCUUCAAAAACAGCUUGAUGAUGCCAAGGAGGGAGAGAUGGCCUUAUUAAGCAAGCACAGGGAAGUGGAAAGUGAGCUGGCAGCAGCCAGAGAACGUUUACAACAGCAAGCUUCAGAUCUUGUCCUCAAAGCCAGUCAUAUUGGAAUGCUUCAAGCAACUCAAAUGACCCAGGAGGUUACAAUUAAAGAUCUAGAAUCAGAAAAAUCAAGGGCCAAUGAGAGAUUAUCUCAGCUUGAAGAAGAAAGAGCUUUUUUGCAAAGCAAAACUCUAAGUUUGGAUGAAGAGCAGAAACAGCAGAUUCUGGAACUGGAGAAGAAAGUAAAUGAGGCAAAGAAUACUCAACAAGAAUAUUAUGAGAUGGAGCUAAAAAACCUGCAAAGUAUUUUGGAAGGACAGGUGGCUCAAUUAAAUGAGGCCCAUUCUAAGACUUUGGAAGAAUUAGCUUGGAAGCACCAUAUGGCAAUUGAGGCUAUCCACAGUAAUGCAAUUAGGGAUAAGAAAAAAUUGCAAAUGGAAUUGGAUGAACAAUAUAAAAAGGAGAUGCUAAGCCUGGAAGGGGAUAAAAAUCAGCUUCAGCAAGAGCUAGAACACCUGAAGGAAGAACUGGAAGAGAAACUGAAUACAGCCAAUCAGGAAAUUGACCACCUCCAAGAUCUGGUAAGGAAAAGUGAACAGGGUCUGGGCUCUGCAGAAGGACUCAUUGCUAGUCUUCAAGACUCAUAGGAAAGACUUCAAAAUGAGCUUGACUUGGCUAAAGGCAGGCUAAAGGACACCAAGGAUGCCCUAUUAAAUGUCGAGGGUGAGCUACAGCAAGAAAGGCAGCAACACGAAGAAACACUUGCUGCCAUGAAAGAAGAAGAAAAGCUCAGAGUGUACAAAAUGGCCCACGACUUAGAAAUAAAAUGGACUGAAAAUCUUAGACAAGAGUGUUCUAAACUUUGUGAAGAGUUAAGGCUUCAACAUGAAGAGGAUAAGAAGUCAGCAAUGUCUCAACUUUUGCAGUUAAAAGAGCGAGAGAAAAAUGCAGCGAGGGAUUCAUGGCAGAAAGAAGAUCUCCUAAACCAGAUUUCCUUGCUGAAACAGAACCUGGAGAUGCAGCUUUCCCAGUCUCAGACUUCUUUGCAGCAACUGCAAGCCCAAUUCACACAAGAACAACAAAGACUUACACAGGAGCUUGAAGAAUUAGAGGAACAACAUCAGCAAAGACAUAAAUCUUUAAAAGAAGCACAUGCCCUUGCAUUUCAAACUAUGGAAGAAGAAAAGGAAAAGGAACAAAGAGCUCUUGAAAAUCGUUUACAACAAAAACAUUCUGCAGAACUUCAGUCAUUAAAAGAUACACACAGAGAGUCAAUGGAGGGCUUCCAGAUAGAAAUGGAAUAGGAACUUCAGACACUUCGGUUUGAAUUAGAAGAUGAAGGAAAGGCUAUGCUUACUUCCUUACGCUCAGAACUAAACCACCAACAUGCAGCUGCAAUUGAUUUGUUACGGCAUAGUCAUCAUCAAGAAUUGGCGGCUGCUAAAAUGGAAUUAGAGAGAAGUAUAGACAUCAACAGAAGACAGAGUAAGGAGCACGUGUGUAGAAAAACAGAUUUACAAGAGGAAUUAAGGCACAGAGAACAUCGCAUCUCAGACUUGGAUAACGAGGUGCAGCACCUUCAUGAAAAUAUAAGUGCCCUAACCAAAGAACUGGAAUUUAAGGGGAAAGAAAUUCUCAGAAUACGAACUGAAUCUAACCAGCAGAUGAGACUAGAAGACAUGGAAGAAAAAUAUCUAAUGAGAGAAUCGAAACCAGAAGAUAUACAGAUGAUUAUGGAUUUAAAAGCCAUGCUUACAGAAAGGGACCAGGUCAUAAAGAAACUAAUUGUAAGAUUCUUUUUUUGGUGUAACCAUGUUAGUAAUCAAUAG